AUGAUUAUCUAUCCACGGCAACCUACAGUUGCAAUGAUGGAUAUGUGUUGUCUGGUGAUGCUGUGACUACUUGCCUACUGACUGGACAAUGGUCUACAUCACCACCCACCUGCCAACGUAUACCAACAUGUGCAGUCCUUACAAUUGCCGACGGUGCAUUCAGUGAACUGCAGACGCAGAGACUGAACAUGGUUGCAAAUGUGACAUGCAACGAAGGAUACGAGAUCAACGGCAGUAGAUCUGUUGUGUGCUUGGAAAGUGGAAAAUGGUCUGACACUCCACACUGCAUUGAGAUACCGACAUGUGCAGUGCUCCAAAUCGCCAAUGGUGCAUUCAGUGAAGCGCAGACACAGAGAGUGAACAGUGUUGCUGAAGUGACGUGUAACACCGGAUACCAGAUCAACGGUAGUAGAUCUGUUGUGUGCUUGGAAAGUGGAGUAUGGUCUGACACUCCACACUGCAUGGUUUUCCCUUCAGCGGAACAGACAGCACCAACUUCCACUUCAAAAUCUUCCAAUAUUGUUCCAGGAGUCAUUGGUUUUCUCGCUGGACUGAUUAUACCUGCUGCUUUGAUAAUAAUUUAUUUGGCGCGAUAUCGAGGCACGGCUAAGACUAUCAGCAUGACAGAGAGCGACAACGCCAAGCCCACGGCCAUUUUUGUGAGUCAAUUGACAGAGAAUGAUGCGUACGAAAUGACUUCAACUGUGGUCGAAGCAAACCCCGAACCAGAGUAUGAAACAAUGAGCCCGGCAUAACUUUCAGUGUUUUCUAUGUUUCUUUUCUUGCAUCAUGCACCAACAAGGAAUGAAAGGCGCUGUUUGCAUAUUGCUUAAUCAUUAGCUGUUUGUUGUUUGCUGGAUGUCCUAGCUUGCCAUUAUGUCUUCUUUUCUUUUUAGAUUUGCGCCAUGCUGCAGCACUUUGUUUUGUGAGUAUAUAAACCAAUACUGAUCCAGAUUUCUCAUUACUGUUUUCUGAUGAUCGCUUAGUGCGUGAAACUCUGAGUAAAAAUGCUUUCUCUGUCCUCCUAUUGUUUGUCUUCUUUUCCUUCAGUAGUUGUACUGAAGGUCUCAAAACAAAAACGCUGCAGCCGGCAGAUAUAGUUGUCGUAUCAACGGUAUUGUUAAAAUACAAAAACUUGCCGAAAACAUCCCCCUUCACCAAUUUAGAACUCUUGUAAUGCUUUGUUCUUUUUAUCUUCAGCUGCCGAACAGGCAAUUUUAGAGCCCUGAAAUGUCAGGUGCUCAAACUCUGUAUUGCUAGCCAUCAUGCUGACAGUCAAACUCAAGUUCUGACUCCCCUGAUGAUGGCACUGUCUGCUGCAGAAACAAGAGCACUAUACCUUUCCUUUGCCCUUAUAGCUGCUAUACAUUAUACUAUGCUUACGGCACUAGAAACAGCAUCUGUAAAUCAAGUGCUUCAGGUAGAGCUGUCCUGUUGUGUAA